CCAAUUGGGAUACCACAUUUAUUUUAUGAUUAAGAUUGAGGUUGAGUUUAGGACAAUAUUUGAUAAUCAUAAUUCAAUAUUUAAUACCAAAUUAUACCGGAACCGGUACAUACCGAUUUCCAGCCCUAAAUUCACAAAACAAAGAAAAAGUCCUGCUGCCUCAUUCAACAAAAAGAAAAAAGAGAGUUAGGUGGCUAAACUACAAACAAAAAAAAGAUGAAAUGAAUUUGCAGCCACAGCAGAGAGUCAGUAGUAACGUGCGGGUGAAGGCUAGGGCUGGAAGAAAGGUGACGGUGGAGGAGCAACUGGCCAGCGCCCCGACUGCCAAAUGUACAUCGCCGAUUCAUGUGUCACCGUCGCCCGCUGUCCGACGAUCAAAACCCCACUUGCGACCGUUACAAUAAAAACCAAGAGAUGUCCGAUCACAAGUGGACGGUUCACCAUGAACAAGUGUCGCAUGUUCGGGUUGCAAAUUCCAAAUACCGUCCGAUUGAAUCUGCCCUUAAAUAGAAGAGCUCUGCAUCUCCCCUGCCUAUAGCAAACCAUGGCGAGAAGACUACAAGGCAAAGUAGCCCUCAUUACCGGCGGAGCCAGAGGGAUCGGUGCCGCGGCGGCGCGGCUCUUCUCUAUGCACGGCGCCAAAGUCGUGAUAGCAGACAUCCGGUCCGACCUGGGCCGCUCCGUAUCCGAGCAGAUCCAACUCGAGUCGGGCCACCCGGUCUCGUACGUCCAAUGCGACGUCGUAAACGACUCGGACAUGCAAAACGCAGUUGACACCGCCGUUUCGAUGCACGGGAAGCUCGACAUCAUGUACGGCAACGCCGGGAUAGCCGGGGAGAAGGUCAACCCGCUCGAGAAGAAGAAAGUAGGCAUACUUUCCGUGGAGCGGGAAGUGUUCAGGAAGGUGUUCGACGUCAACGUGUACGGAUCGUUCCUGGCAGCGAAGCACGCUGCCAGGGUGAUGGUCCCGCAGAAGCAGGGCGGGACCAUCCUCUUGACUGGCAGCGUUGCAACGGCGAGCUACGGCUUCGCGACGCACACGUACACGGCGUCGAAGCACGCGGUGGUGGGGCUGGCGAAGAGCCUGUGCGUGGAGCUUGGGGAGUUUGGGAUUCGUGUGAACUGCAUCUCGCCGUUCGGGGUUGCGACUCCGAUGUGCGAGGAGUCGAUGGGGCUGGACGAGAAGGCUCUGGAGGAGAUGUUCACGGCGAUGGGGAACCUGAAAGGAGUUGUUCUGAAACCGAAGGAUGUCGCGGAGGUCGCGCUGAACUUGGUCAGUGAUGAGUCUAGGUACCUUAGUGGGUUGAACCUUUUGGUUGAUGGUGGUUUCUGUCUCAGGAGUGCUUGAUUAAUGUCAGUUUCUACUCAGCCUCGGGGGAAGUUGAGGAUUGGGAGGUUCGUUUUGAAUAAGUCGACUCGAUUUUGGUCUUGACCUGGUCUGUAAUCUUAUUCAUUAUCAUAUUGGAUUAUGGUUAAGUCAUUGGAGAAGCACUGUGUAAAUGCUUCUCUUACUCCUCGAUAAUCAGUAAUUUUCUCAAGUAUAGUGAAGCUGGCUCUUUCUCGCCCGUGAACUAACUAACACAGGUUGUGUUAGUGAACUAUGUAAACUCUUGUGUUCUUUACUUUCUUGUUCAUCGCUGUCUUUCUUGUUAUUGACGAUUGCCCCAGUCAGUGAGCGUGACAGUAUUGCUGACUAGGCAUCCAACAUGUUUUAAGGAUGACAAUGAGUCUGGUUAAUUCGGAUUCUCCUAAAUCCAUAAAAAAAAUCUGAUAAAAUGACGAACUGAGUUCUGAAAACUCAAAUCCAAUCCAACCAACUGAAUAUCCACGAGUUCAUGGAUACCCGUGAGCCGUGAGUUCUGAUGGACGGAAAAUGAAGAGAGGACAUAAAGUUUAUCACUUAGC